GCCACACAGCCCUCCACAUUGCCAUCGAGAAGAGGAACUUAGAUCUUGUGAAGAUCCUGGUAGAGAACAAGGCUGAUGUCCACGUCAAGGCUUCUGGUCAUUUCUUCCAGCCGCACCGCAAAGGGGCGUACUUUUAUUUCGGUGAACUUCCUCUCUCCUUGGCCGCUUGUACCAACCAGCCAGAUGUGGUCAUGUACCUCCUGGAUAACCGUCACAACAAGGCCAAGCUGACCGAACAGGAUUCCAUGGGUAACACCGUCCUCCAUGCGCUGGUGAUGGUGGCCAAUGACACGGAGAAGAACACUGAGCUCGUGGUCAACAUGUAUGACAUGAUCCUGAUGAAAGGGGCCGAGAUGGACCCUGCCUCCAAGUUGGAAGAGAUUGUCAACCGGAAACAGCUGACUCCUUUGAAGCUGGCCGCCAAGACUGGGAAAGUUGAGAUCCUUAAGCACAUUCUCCACCGAGAGAUGAAGGACCCCAAGUUCCAACACCUUUCACGCAAGUUCACCGAAUGGACCUAUGGUCCGAUCCACAUCUCCCUCUACGAUCUGACCUCUGUCGACAGCUGUGAGGAGAACUCAGUGCUAGAGAUCCUGGCCUACAGCAGCAACACUCCAAACCGGUACAAAAUGGUGGCCCUGGAGCCUUUGAACAAGCUACUUCAGCAUAAGUGGGAAUCCUUCAUAAGAAAAAGGUUUUUCUUCAGUUUAUUCCUCCACCUGAUUUUCAUGUUCAUCUACACAGGCACUGCUUAUUACUGGCCUCUAAAGGGUGAGCCUCUUGUUCCAACGACAAUGACCAUCAAGGACUUAUUAAGACUUCUUGGAGCUGUGGUCAUUUUAAUUGGUGGCAUUUAUCUCUUCAUUGCUCAGAGUUUUUACUUCUGGAGAAGACGCUUCUCUUGGAAAAGUCUUCUAGUGGAUAGUUGCUUCGAAAUAUUCCUGUUUGUGCAGGCACUCGCCAUCCUGGCCUCGUCCGUGAUGUUCUUUGCAAACACGGAAAAAUACGUGCUGCCCAUGGUGUUCGCCUUGCUUUUAGGCUGGGUGAACAUGCUCUACUAUACCCGCGGUCUCCAGCAGACAGGAAUCUACAUUGUGAUGAUCCAGAAGGCCAUCUUGAGGGACCUUCUGCACUUCCUGAUGGUUUAUGUGAUCUUCCUAUUUGGCUUUGCAACAG